CGGGUGGGAGUCGAGUCGACCAGCGAGUGGGUUUAGGUGAUUGAGGGUGUGGCCCACCAAAAGAAGGGCCCACCAUUCCAUUUCCAAUUCCAAUCUUGACGAUGCCGCCCCCGAGAUCGCCGCUUCUCCUCGUCGUCUUCCUCGCCGCCGUCGUCCUCGCCUCCGCCACCUCUCCGCCGCCUCCGCCGUGCAGCCACUCGUGCGCCGCCCUCAACUGCGACUCCGUGGGGAUCCGGUAUGGCAAAUACUGUGGCGUUGGCUGGAGCGGCUGUGAGGGAGAAGAGCCCUGCGACGACCUCGACGCUUGCUGCCGCGACCACGACCACUGCGUCGACAAGAAAGGUCUGAUGAGUGUGAAAUGCCAUGAGAAAUUCAAAAACUGCAUGAGGAAAGUGACAAAGGCUGGCAAGGUUGGCUUCUCUAAGAAAUGCCCGUACGAAAUGGCUAUGGCAACAAUGACCUCAGGGAUGGACAUGGCCAUCAUGCUCAGUCAGUUGGGCAGCCAGAAGUUAGAACUCUAGCUUUAAUUUGGCCUCUCCUUUCAGAGAGUGCCAGACUCACUGACGACAAGGCAGCAGCACAAGCAGGACUGCAUGAGUAGGCAAGCAAGAGAGAAAUUCGCUAUUCUACCACUAUCCAGGUGGUUUGCCUCUUAUGCCACUCUGAAUUUGGGUAUCUCUAAAAUACCAUUAUCAAACGAUGGCACUUCUUUUUUU